AUGGUUAAAUGGGCUUCAUUAUUGACUCAGACUGAUCGUCCUCCUAUGACUCUUAAAAUUAGAGGAAGGACUUUCUCAGGUCUAGUAGAUUCUGGAGCCGAUAUUUCAGUAAUAGCUUCCCAGCCUUGGCCUAAUACCUGGCCCACGCAAGCAACCUCUAGUUCGGUAGAAGGAAUAGGUUUUGUGAUGGCAGAAGAAAUUCGACAAAGUAGUAUGCCACUUAAAUGUGAGGGACCAGACGAAUUAGAAAGAAUUAUCCAGACUUUCAUCUUAAAUACCCCCAUUAAUCUUUGGGGAAGAGACCUCUUGCAACAAAUCAUGACAAAAAUGGGCUAUAAACUAGGACAAGGUUUAGGCAAACAACAUCAAAGAAUCACGGAGCCUAUCAUUGCCCAAGGACAAACUCAUAGGGCUGGACUGGGUUACCUUUUUUUCUAG